CAGCGAUUGCGGCGGGCGCAGGCGCGGACUCCGCCAUCGCUCGGAGGCGGCUCCGGGCGUGCGGGGUCCGCGGCGCCAUGAUGUGGUUCGGAGGCCCGAUCCCUGCCGCCAUCGCUGCCGCCAAGCAGCGCAGCUCUGUCUUCGUCGUAUUCGUGUCAGGUGACGAUGAACAGUCUACUGAGAUGGCUGCAAGGUGGGAAGAUGAGAAGGUGACAGAAGCUGCCUCAGAUGGUUUUGUUGCUAUUAAAAUUGACACCAAAAGUGAAGCAUGCCUGCAGUUCUCUCAAAUUUAUCCCGUAGUGUGCGUCCCAUCCAGUUUUUUUAUAGGAGACAAUGGAAUCCCCUUGGAAGUAAUUGCUGGCAGCGUUUCUGUUGAAGAGCUUGUUAACAGAAUCCAUAAAGUUAAACAGAUGCACACAGUCAAAGGGCAGCCUCUGGAAAAUGGAAGUCAGUCAUCUGCUGCUUGUCCUUCCUCUCAGUCUGAUGGUGCUCCAGAAAAUACGCAAUGCAGAGCAGGAGAGUUUUGUGACUCUCCCGAGUCUGCUGUGCCUAAGGCAGUAGGACCUUCUGCUGUUAAUGAUGAAGCAAAUUCAGGUCCAGCAAGCCAGGAAACAACUAAUUCUUCAGAUGAGCCAGUGAAUGAUGCUCAGCCUGUGAAUGAUCUUACACUCAAAGUAGAAAGAAUAACAAAAAAGCUUGAAGAGAGACGAGAAGAGAAAAGGAAAGAAGAAGAACAGAAAGAAAUUAAGAAAGAAAUUGAACGGAGAAAAACUGGUAAAGAAAUGUUGGAGUACAAAAGACGACAGGAAGAAGAAUUGACAAAACGUAUGUUGGAGGAAAGGAACCGAGAAAAGGCAGAAGAGAGGGCUGCUAGAGAGCGUAUAAGGCAACAGAUUGCAAGGGAUCGUGCUGAGAGAGCAGCUCGCUUUGCAAAAUCGAAGGAAGAAGCAGAAGCUGCAAAAGCUGCAGCCCUUCAGGCUAAACAGGCCGAAAUAGAGGCCAGAAAAGAAGCAUCUCAAAAGGAGAGAAGUGCAAUAGCCAGGAUUCAGUUCCGCCUCCCAGAUGGAUCUUCCUUUACUAACCAGUUCCCAUCUGAAGCACGGUUGGAAGAAGCAAGGCAGUUUGCUGCACAGACAGUUGGUAACACUUACGGCAAUUUUUCACUGGCGACAAUGUUUCCCAGGAGGGAGUUUACCAAAGAAGAUUAUGGAAAAAAAUUAGUGGAGCUGGAGUUAGCACCCAGUGCUUCAGUCGUGUUGCUGCCGGCAGGACGACCUGCCACAUCUGUUGUUCAGGCUUCGGGUGGUGACCUUUGGAAAUUCUUGGGCACGAUACUUUAUCCACUCUUAGCCGUGUGGAGAUUUAUUAGCAACUUUCUGUUCACGAGUCCACCCCCCUCACAGCCUGCUGCGAGAUCAGCCCAUCAGCAGGAGCAUUCAAACCCAUCGACAUCGAGCAGCGUGGAGCAGAGCAGGCAAGCAGUCAGGAAACGAGCGGUGGAAAAGCGGGGAGAAGACUUCAAAAAAGAAGGCAAAAUCUAUAGACUGAGGACUCAAGACGAUGGAGAAGAUGAAAACAAUACUUGGAAUGGAAAUUCUACACAACAAAUGUAGUUUUGAGUAACUGCAGCAAUUGCUGUCUGACGCUUUUUUGUUUUUCUUCUUUAUUUGAUCUAAGUCAACUACAGCUCUGGACAAGGGGGGUUAUUUCACACUGACUGAAUCACUGAGUUCUUCCUCCUGCAGUGGAGUACGGAAUAAAGUCACCUAAGUCAGAACAAUCGAGUAGGUGUAGUGAGGCCUAGAAGCAAAGAGUUAAAAAGACUGAAAAUCUCCAUCAGCUUUCAUAAUCCUUACCCUACUGCCAGAGACGGGCACUUUUUAAAAAUCUAUAAAUAUUCUGCUACAUAAAUUUAAUGGCCAGAUAUUAAUUAAUAUAAAGGUCUUAGUAGGCAAUGGCUGAUUAAAAUGAGGGUUUCGGAAGCACUAUAAGUAGCAAAUCAGUUAA